AUGGCAAGCACGCCGAUGAGAAAACCAUACACCAACACCUCUGAUCUACUCACUUGGUCUGAAGUUCCUCCUCCGUAUGAAUCCUCCGCCUCCGUCUCCUCCACCCGCUCUCGCCAGCCUUCUGAUAGAAUUAGCAAGGUUCUCAACAGCGAACAACUUUCUGAAGAAGAAGCUCUCACUCUCUCCAAAAGCAAGCCGUGUUCAGGGUAUAAAAUGAAAGAGAUGAGUGGAAAUGGUAUAUUUUCAUACAAUGCUGACGAUUCUGCAUCUGAACCUGGUUAUGUAAAUUCAAAUAACAGAACUAGCAUACGCAUAUAUCAGCAAGCGAUAAAUGGAGUUAGUCAGAUAUCGUUCAACACCGAUGAAAGUGUUAGUCCUAAAAGGCUUACCUCUCUACCUGAGGUAGCAAAGCAGCGUGAACUGAGUGGGACUUUACAAACUGACAUAGACGCAAAGACUCAGAAGCAAACAUCAAAUGCCAAAACCAAGGAGCUCACUGGGAACGAUAUAUUUGGCCCUCCUCCUGAAAUUGUGCCACGUUCCAUUUCAGAUGCACGAACUUCGGAAUCAAAGGAUAGUAAGGAUAUGGGAGAAACUCUUCCGAGAAAUCUGUGA